AUGGAAGACCCAAGACAACAACAGCUUAUGGCUCUCCAAGCCGACAUCAGCCGUAUCACCCAAGCGCUAAUUGAAGAGAACGCUUCUUUGAAGCUGCAAGUCAACCAAUUGAGGGAAGAGAAGAGUGCACUGGUGUCACGAAAUCGAGAACUGGGGGUAAGAGAAGAAACCCUGAAGCUGGAUAAAAAUACUCUUGAAUUGGAGGAUGGGACCCUGAAGGAGAAAGUCAAGCUACAAGAUCCUCUUGUGAAGAACGCUGCCCUCGUGCGACGACGAUUGUACGAGCGAACAAAAGAACUAAGAGGCCACGGACAAGCAAAUGAGGCUAUGGUCGAGGCUGGUAAUCGAGCAGCACACCGAGGAGACUAUUUCGCCGACCUUGCAAUGUUCAAGCUGGGUUACAUGAAGAGUGAGCAACCGCUCCCGGACCCUCGCAUGGCAGAGACUGCCUUCGAAAGAGUCAACAAGUUAGUCUUUAAAGAGUUGUACGGUAGCUCUGUUGACCACCCGGACAACCCGGACCACAACUUGGAGCUCAUCAUGCAGUUGUGCGAGUCUUCUUCGAAGUUACUCCAGUAUAUGAACCUCGAGGCGACUAUAGCACUCUCAUCUCCAACGACCCUUACUGCACCAUCAGACAUCUUACUACACAGCACACUGAGUGUUCACAGGCAAGCUUGCGUUCGCAUUUUCAAGCAGGCGAAUACAUCUGACUUGUUCGCUGCGCUCGAUACCGAUGCCAAUCUGGAAGUGAGUCUAGAAGAAGUAAGACAAAUAACUGAACGAGUAGUCCGGAACGGUAAAGGUCGUAGUCACUCGAGAAGAAUGGAGGCUCGAGUUCCUUCAAACCUUGGCUAG